AUGGGCACCGGAAGUGGCGGUUGUCGGCUCGGCGGCGCGCCGGGAGGGGGCUGGUGAGGCGGCGGCGGCCCCAGCUCCAGCGCGCGGGGCUCCGCCCGGGUGCGCUCGCGGCCCAGGAGGAGGCGGCGGGGCGGCGGCUGCCGCGCGCGGACCGUGAGCGCGAAAAGUCACCACCCAUAUAAUGGAAUUUUAUCUGAUUCUAUAGAUCAGAUUUCUUUAUUCCGGAUAUCGUGGUAACAAUACAGGAAGUACGCAUUAUUUAUUUCUGCAAGUAGUCUUCACUGCUGAAGGAAGAAAUUUUUUAAGCUACAGCAGAAUUCUUGUUGGUACCUUUUAUGGAAAUCCUGAUUUUAUUUUUAAUUUUUGAUAACCUUUUGUUAAAGGUAUGAGCAAGCAAAGAACUUACCUCAUUAGGCAAGUCCACUUUUAUUAGAAUGCCUAGAAGAGGAUUGAUUCUUCAGACCCGGACCCAUUGGCUACUGUUGGGUCUCGCUUUACUCUGCAGUUUGGUAUUAUUUUUGUACCUUCUGGAAUGUGCCCCUCAGACUGAUGGGAAUGCAUCUCUUCCUGGUGUCAUUGGGGAAAAUUAUGGUAAAGAGUAUUAUCAAGCCCUCCUACAGGAGCAAGAAGAACAUUAUCAAACCAGGGCAACCAGUCUGAAACGCCAGAUUGCCCAACUAAAACAAGAAUUACAAGAAAUGAGUGAGAAGAUGAGGUCACUGCAAGAGAGAAAGAAUGUAGGGGGUAACGGCAUAGCCUAUCAAGGCAACAAAGAACAAGCACCUAGCGAUCUUUUAGAGUUUCUUCAUUCCCAAAUUGACAAAGCUGAAGUUAGCAUCGGAGCCAAACUACCCAGUGAGUAUGGAGUCAUUCCCUUUGAAAGUUUUACCUUAAUGAAAGUAUUCCAGUUGGAAAUGGGUCUCACUCGCCAUCCUGAGGAAAAGCCAGUUAGAAAAGACAAGCGAGAUGAAUUGGUAGAAGUUAUUGAAGCUGGCUUGGAGGUCAUUAAUAAUCCUGAUGAAGAUGAUGAACAGGAAGAUGAGGAUGGUCCCCUCGGAGAGAAGCUGAUAUUUAAUGAAAAUGACUUCAUAGAAGGUUAUUAUCGCACCGAGAGAGAUAAGGGCACGCAGUAUGAACUUUUUUUUAAGAAAGCAGACCUUAUGGAAUAUAGACACGUGACCCUCUUCCGCCCUUUUGGACCUCUAAUGAAAGUGAAGAGCGAGAUGAUUGACAUUACGAGAUCAAUUAUUAAUAUCAUUGUGCCACUUGCAGAAAGAACUGAAGCCUUUGCACAGUUUAUGCAGAACUUCAGGGAUGUAUGUAUUCAUCAAGACAAGAGAAUUCAUCUCACAGUGGUGUAUUUUGGUAAAGAAGGACUAUCUAAAGUGAAGUAUAUCCUAGAAUCUGUCACAAGUGAGUCUAAUUUUCACAAUUACACCUUGGUCUCAUUGAAUGAAGAAUUUAACCGUGGACGAGGACUAAACGUGGGUGCCCGAGCUUGGGACAAGGGAGAGGUCUUGAUGUUUUUCUGUGAUGUUGAUAUAUAUUUCUCAGCCGAAUUCCUUAACAGCUGCCGGUUAAAUGCUGAGCCAGGUAAGAAAGUGUUUUACCCUGUGGUGUUCAGUCUUUACAACCCUGCCAUCGUUUAUGCCAAUCAGGAUGUGCCACCGCCUGUGGAGCAGCAGCUGGUUCACAAAAAGGAUUCUGGCUUUUGGCGAGAUUUUGGCUUUGGAAUGACUUGUCAGUAUCGAUCAGAUUUCCUAACCAUUGGUGGAUUUGACAUGGAAGUAAAAGGUUGGGGUGGAGAAGAUGUUCAUCUUUAUCGAAAAUACUUGCAUGGUGACCUGAUUGUGAUUCGGACUCCAGUUCCUGGCCUUUUCCACCUCUGGCAUGAGAAACGCUGUGCAGAUGAGCUGACGCCUGAGCAGUACCGCAUGUGCAUCCAGUCCAAAGCCAUGAAUGAGGCCUCUCACUCGCACCUGGGAAUGCUGGUCUUCAGGGAGGAGAUAGAGACACAUCUUCAUAAACAGGCAUACAGGACAAAUAGCGAAGCUGUCGGUUAACGUAGUUGUUGACUUAUUAGUCUGAACCGAAACCAGCACUAUUUAUUUAGCCUUAAUUCCCAUUGCAGAUGCAGUGCCUCUUUCAGAGAAGACAUGCCUAUCUUUUAUGUUCUUUCUGAUAUUACUUCACUUUAGCAGUUUAACUUGAUAUGAGAAGACAAAGCAAGUGCUUCAAUGCAGAGUCUGUUUUGUGAGAAUACUGUACUAUGACUAUUGACAAGUUGAAAUCUGUCUCAAAAGUAGUUUCGAAUUAGUUUCUACCCAGCACCCAUGUUCUGAUGUGUCCUGGUUGUAUGUGGGCUGAGGGAUGAAAUGUGCUAUGCUGAUGGUGGGUCAGGAGCAUCCUAUUCCUGCAGAGAGUGGAGUGUUAAGGAUGAAGUGUGUGGACAGAGGUUCUUCACCUGCUGACCACUGAGUCAUCCUGCUUGGUUUUAAAAUGAAGAUCUUUGGUCAGUUGCUUGAAGAAUCCUUUUUCACUGAAGCAGAGGAUAAUUAGAUGACACAUCUGAAAUCCUCAACCAACCAAGAGAAGGAAGAGAUAAAAACCUUUAAUUUAAUGUUGCUUAGCCCCAGGAAUGUCUGUUUUAAACAAAUGAGUAAUAGUAGGAAAUACUUAGGUUAGAAUCUAUGACUUGAUUAAAAAUACAGUGUGUUACUACUUUAUCAUCAUGUUCAGGAUUAGUAGUCAGAGUUACUGUAGACUGGUUUGAAUAAACAGAAAUCCACAUGGAAAUUUCCUUAACAGAACACUUAAUUAUGCUGGAGUACAGGACACUUGGGGUGUCUGGGAACAUUAUGUUAGUCAGAGCCACAUCAGGGCCUUCUUGCGGUGGUUCAGAAUAGAUGAGCAUAGCAUGGUGUCUUUUGGUCUUUGCUUUGUAUAGUCUCAUUUAGCAUGGAUCCAUAUAUAUUUAUUACCUUUUUUCCCCUAAUAUGUUAAUGUAUGCUACAUCUAUAUUUGCAUUAUUAUAAUACUUUGAGUUGAAAGAGAGUUUCACUGAAGGGAGAAAAGACAAUUUCAUGAGGUAUACCAUAAAAUCACACUGAUUUCAGAAAAGGAGAGGAGGGGAAGGUAGUCUGAAUGGAAAUCUGAAUUACAGAAUAUUUUAGAGAAAUACAUUGCUUGCAGAUAGAAUGAUGUUUUAAUUGAGAUAUAAAUUAUAUAUUAAUGAGACAAGAUGAAUAAGAAGUUAUAUUCAGAAAGGACUGUCCUAUUAUUUAUCACACGUGGAUCUUUUACCAUAGAGUCAAUUGCUAGAUCCAGAAAUUGGAGAUAUGGUGAAAGGCAUGCAUAGAUUUUUGAACCUUUGGUGUUUAAAAGGGACCUAUAUUGAAUUCUAUCUAUUUGUAUAUAAACCCCUGAAAAAUCGUUACUCUUUUUGCUCAGUAAAUCAUAUCGUCUGAAAUAUUACAAAUCUCAAAUUUCUUGGUGCUAUAUGAAUUCAAUUUUACAAUAACUUACUAAUAAUUCUUACAAGUUUUAAGUUGGGAUAGCAUUUAGGCUUAUUUUUAAGAUACAUAAAGUUUUCUCUGCAAAAUUAUUCACACCAUUGUCUCCUUUUAUAUACAAUUAUUUAUUAGGAAGACCAGUGAAUUAGCGUAUUUAAAGUGAGAGAACCUAACUAUUUGCAAAGGUAAGUUGCAGCUUGUUUUUUGACGGAAUCAAAUGACUUCACCUUUUCUCUUGUGUUUUUUAAACUAGCUUUUAAUUUAAAGAUGGAAGCUAAGCAAUAGAAACAAUGCCAUGUUUUUGACAUUAAACGGUACCAAUAAACUAUUUUAUUACCAAAAGUUAAA